AUGGCACCAACCCUCCCCACCCCCCCUUCAAACACAAUAACCCUCUCCCUCCCCCACCCACACGUCCUCCUAGUCACUCUCUCCCGACCCAAAGCAUUAAACAGCAUUUCCACCGCGGGCCACCACGACCUCCACGCCAUCUGGACCUGGAUGGACAAUGAGCCCUCAAUAAGAGUAGGCAUAUUGACCGGCUCCGGGAGGGCGUUUUGCGCGGGCGCAGACCUCAAAGAAUGGGACUCCACCGUCCAAACCCCCUCCUCAUCCACCACCACCCCAGCCAUGCCCCCCAGCGGCUUCGGGGGCCUCUCCCGACGGAGCGGCAAAAAGCCUAUCAUCUGCGCGGUGAACGGGCUCUGCCUGGGGGGUGGAUGCGAGAUGGUGCUCAACGCCGACAUGGUGAUCGCUUCUUCUAAAGCGUAUUUCGGGUUGCCGGAGGUGCAGCGUGGGGUGGUAGCGUGGGCGGGGGCGUUGCCGCGGUUGGGGAGGAUCGUGGGACGACAGAGGGCGAUGGAGAUGGCGUUGACGGGGAGGAAGGUGCCUGCGGAGGAGGCGGAGAGGUGGGGGAUUGUGAAUGAGGUUGUUGGUGAUGAUGGUGGGAAAGGGGUGGUGGAGAGGGCGGUGGAGGUUGCGGUGCAGAUUGCGGGGAAUAGUCCUGAUGCGGUGUUGGUUAGUCGGGAGGGAGUCAAGUUGGGGUGGGAGGGGAUUGGGGUUGAGGAGGCGACGGGGUUGUUGAUGGAGGGGUGGUCGGACAAGUUGAAUCAGGGGGAGAAUAUCAGGGAGGGUUUGAGGGCGUUUGUGGAAAAGAGGAAGCCCGUCUGGAGGGAUAGUAAGUUGUAA